GCCAUGAGCAACCUGAAGUGGAUGCAGAGCCACAAGUGGGACUUCACGUGGAUGGCCAUAUCUUUCUCCAUGCGCGGCCACAUAUAUGCGGCGACCAACACCAGCGGCGGGAAGAAUGCAGACGACCUGUUCCGCCCGUGCAAAGACUUCAGUGGCACCCGCCUCAUGUACAACGUCCAACCACAGAUGCGCUGCCCCUCUUCCUACGGAUGGACGUACGGUUUUCGGGACGACGUGGUCGGCGAGUAUAACUACGACGCUGUCGAGGGCCUGACGAUGGUGUUCGACUCCGAAAUAUUAAUGAGAAAAAAGAUAUGUGAGGCGAAGGCCGCUUAUCCGGACGUCCCCUUCGGCAUCGCCGCCUACGACGUCGAAUACGACUCCAAUGCCGCGGACUGUCCAACUAUGCAGAUCGGCUUCGGUGCCUUCAGGCGUCUGAAGGCGCUGCAGCGGCUGAACGAGUUUAUUGACAAAGAAUUCAAAGACGCCUCCUACCUGCAAAAGUGCCUAGACGUGCCCGUCUCGUGAGAAGACGCUUCCUUUCGCCACAACGACUUCGCCUGUCGCUCGUAACUUGUGCGACUUACCAAAA